GGCAGAGCGGAUAUAGUGAAUGCGGGGUCCGGGGAGAGCGGAUAUAGUGAAUAGCGGGAGAGCGGAUAUAGUGAAUGCGGGGUCCGGGGAGAGCGGAUAUAGUGAAUGCGGGGUCCGGGGAGAGCGGAUAUAGUGAAUGCGGGGUCCGGGGAGAGAGCGGAUAUAGUGAAUGCGGGGUCCGGGGAGAGCGGAUAUAGUGAAUGCGGGGUCCGGGAGAGCGGAUAUAGUGAAUGCGGGGUCCGGGGAGAGCGGAUAUAGUGAAUGCGGGGUCCCGGGGAGAGCGGAUAUAGUGAAUGCGGGGUCCGGGGAGAGCGGAUAUAGUGAAUGCGGGGUCCGGGGAGGAGAGCGGAUAUAGUGAAUGCGGGGUCCGGGGAGAGCGGAUAUAGUGAAUGCGGGGUCCGGGGAGAGCGGAUAUAGUGAAUGCGGGGUCCGGGGAUGAGAGCGGAUAU